GUCACACGUGUCUAGACGGAGCGUAGCAAACAGAAAGUAAAAUACCUGAGCCGCCAAGUUGGAGAGUGAAGCAUGUUCUAAACGAAUUUGACCAUGGACCGCCGUACUUGGGCCCAGGAUGUGUUACGGUGUCAUCUCUGUGAGACCCCGGGGCCCCCUAUGUACUGUGACAUUUGUCAUAUUCAUCUGUGUGUAGCCUGCGUGGGUAAACACCUCUUAGAUGAAUCCAAAGAACACAAAGUGGUAACAUUCAAAAAGCGGGGAUUUGCUCCUGAAUGUUCCAAACAUUCCAAAAAAUUGUGUGAACUUUUUUGUGAACAAUGUGACAUUCCUAUCUGUGUGCAAUGUGUCUCCUCUGGUGAACAUUUAGGACACAAAGCAGUUGAAAUUUUAAAAAGUCUUGAAACCAAGAAAGAAGUAUUACAGAGAGAUUUAAACGAAUUGGAGACCCUGAUUUAUCCUAAAUACCAAGAAAUUGUAUCUUAUAUCCCACUUCAGAAAGCUGAUCUGAAUAAAAACUCAGAGAAAUUAACAACAGCUCUAGACAAACAUGGAGAAGAAUUGCACAGAGAAAUAGACAUUGCCAUCCAAAAAUUGAGAUCUGAUGUAAAUGAAAUGGAAUCCAAACACCUGGUGGUCCUUGAUAAGCAGGAAAAGCAAAUCAAAUGCAGUAUUUCUGAAAUUGAACAGAGCAUUGCUGAUCUAAAGAAAUUACUCAACUCCAAUGAUGUCAGCCUUGUCUCUGCCUACAAAUCAAGGAAUGCUGAAUUCAGAAGAUUGCCGCCUAAACUCACAGUUUCAUUACCAAGAUUCACCCCUCAGAAAAUAAACAAAGAACAGAUUUAUCAGCAGAUUGGUUCUCUGUCAGCGUUAUCUAUCAAAACAGAAGAACAUGUCUACACAAUGGAUUCUCCCAGUGAUGAGUCCUCUCCCCCGGACAGACCGCUCAUUGAUGUACCACGGAUCAUCACAGAUAUAAACACAGAGUUUGAUGAAUCUAAAAAAUUACGCUGUGUGUCCUGUCUGAGUGAUGAUGAACUAUGGGUGAGUGGUCAAAACAGCAUGAUGAGACUCUACAACCUCCACGGUAAACUAGUAAAGUCAAUCCAAACCAAGUCAGGGAACAUACCACAGGACAUUGCAAUGACAAAGAGUGGUGAACUAGUUUAUACUGAUCCCCAUGAUAGAACUGUUAACAUAGUGAAGAAUAAACAGAUACAGACAGUGAUCAGACUACAGGGGUGGAGACCUGGCUUUGUCUGCAGUACCUUCUCGGGUGACCUUCUGGUUGUCAUGGUCACUGAUGAUCAUACACAAGCAAAAGUUGUGCGUUACUCUGGCUCCACAGAGAAACAAACGAUUCAAUACAAGGAUAAAAGACAACCUCUCUAUUCAUCUGAACCUUACUCUAAAUACAUCAGUGAGAACAAGAACCUAGAUAUCUGUGUAGCCGACUCUAUAGCCGGUUCAGUAGUGGGGGUCAAUCAGGCCGGGAAACUCCGGUUUACCUACACCGGUCCCCCCUCUACUACCAAGGGACCAUUUAUUCCAGUUGGCAUCACUACAGACAGCCAGAGUCGAAUCCUGACAACAGACAAAAACAACGCAUGUGUCCACAUCCUGGAUCAGGACGGACAGUUCCUCUGCUACAUAGACAACUGUCAUUUACAGAGUCCAGGGGGUUUAUGUGUGGACACCAGAGACAACCUCUUUGUGGCUGAGGAGAAUACUGGCAAAGCGAAGAAAAUCAAAUAUUGCAUGUAAAUAAACUGUGAUCAUUAUAUUGCAUGUCUACAUUGUGAACAUGUACU